UUCUGGCUAUAUGGUGCGGCGCUGGCGGUGUCGCUGUGGGGAGUGGGUGCUGCUCUCAGAUGUUUUCUUCCAAUGGGCUUUUGGUGUAGGAUGUUGGAAAACCAAGAGCAGGAGGAGGUGAUCACUGUGCGUGUGCAGGACCCCCGCGUGCAGAAUGAGGGCUCCUGGAAUUCUUAUGUGGAUUAUAAGAUAUUUCUCCACACCAACAGCAAGGCCUUUACUGCCAAGACGUCCUGUGUGCGUCGCCGCUACCGUGAGUUUGUGUGGCUGAGGAAGCAGCUACAGAGAAAUGCUGGUUUGGUGCCUGUACCUGAACUUCCUGGGAAGUCAACCUUCUUUGGCAGCUCAGAUGAGUUCAUCGAGAAGCGGCGACAGGGUCUGCAGCACUUCCUGGAAAAGGUCCUGCAGAGUGUGGUCCUCCUCUCAGACAGCCAGUUACACCUCUUCCUGCAAAGCCAGCUCUCGGUGCCCGAGAUAGAAGCCUGUGUCCAGGGCCGAAGCGCCAUGACCGUUUCUGAUGCCAUUCUCCACUAUGCUAUGUCAAACUGUGGCUGGGUCCAGGAAGAAAGGCAGGGCUCCUCUCACCUGGCUAAAGGAGACCAGCCGAAGAGUUGCUGCUUUCUUCCAAGAUCGGGCAGGAGGAGCUCUCCCUCACCACCUCCCAGGGAAGAAAAGGACCAUUUCGAGGUGUGGGCUCCCGUUGUUGACUGUGAAGCUCCUUCCUUGGAAAGCCCCCCUCUACCACCCUCCCCCUCACCAUCAUGCUGUGAUUUUGCAAGACCUGAGGAGGAAACCUCUGCUCCUCAGCCUGUGAGGAGGGCUGUGGGAGGGGACCGUGCUGUGCCUUUGGACCCUGGGCAGUUAGAAAGGGUUUUAGAAAAAUGAACUCUGGUCCGAGCGCUGGGUUCUGCUCAGAGGCAGAGAAGAUUCCGGCAAGGAACCUUGCUGGGGUGGGAGGGGGCGCAGGGUAGGUGUUGGGGAGGCUGGGCCACUUAGUGUCUUAUGGUCACCUCUGCUCAGGUUGGUGGCACAGAGGUUGGUCACCACAACUCCUCAAGUUUCCUCCAUAGGAUUAAACACUGGACAGUUGUAAGUUAGGCAUAAGGCCCGUGGGCUGUUGGCUUUGCACAGAAAUAUGGGGUAUAUUUACUCUCCUGGGAGCUGAGUUUCUUUAGAUGUUUGUUAAUGGGCCCGGGAGCAUUGCCUCAGGUUGACUGGUUUGGGGGGCCCUGCAAGUGACCACUUUGAAGCUGUCCUAUUGAAUACUGACCCAACAGAAAUGCUUGUGUAGUUGUAUUCCCACUGGCUGGGUUUUUGCUGCAGCCCUUGGAGCACUUUGUUUCUGGGAGGCUGGCCUCUUGCCUCCCUCCUUUCGUGGCCAGGGUGGUGAAUGUUCUCCCAACCUCCUUGCUUUUCCUUCCCGAAUACCACUGAGGGCUGCGGGUUCCGCCCCUCCCCAGCCCUCAGCCUGGUGUGAGGAGCCCGAGGCCCAGGACGUGGUUCACGGCCGUCCCUGGAAGAGACCCGAGACCCGGUGGAAGCCAGAGGAAAGGCAACACCCCCGGGGGGGCUUUGUUUUAGAAAAGGCUUUCCGGGGCUGUCACCGUCUCCUCUGGCUAUAAAGCCCAGACCUGACGGUCUUUUCUGCAGGGUUGGCCUGGGUUCCUUCCUUUCUUUUUUGAAUCCUGCUCUUCUCCCUUAGUAACAGCCCCCUGCCCCCAGGACUUCAGCUCCCACAGCGUCGCUCUGCUGUGUGGCAGGGAGGCCUUAUGUUCAGUCCAAUGGGGCGCAAGGGCUUUGUGCCUGGAGAGAGGGCUCUGGGGAUGGAGAUGAGCAACGACACGCCUUCAGACAAUGAGGCAUUCUGCCCUCCCGCUGCCCUAAUUCCUCUCCACCGAGAGCCCCAGCCAGCGGCCGCUCUGCCUGCUCUCUGCGCCUCUGUACUCCGACCGCUCUGCACUCCGACGGGGGGUGGCUCUCCCCCUCUCGCGCCCCCCCCCCCAGCCCCGGCUGUGGGCUCUUUCCCUCCCCGCCUCUUGGUGGGCCUGUCCUGGCCUUGCGAUCGCAGUCGAGGGGCUUUGGCCUGAAAUAAAAUCCAAGUAUUUAAGGCUCUUAUUGCCAUUUGUGCCUAACAAGCUGUAGCCGAGGAGGGGGUGCGAGCGCUGGCAGGAGUUGCUUUCAUAAAUCACGAAUUUACCAGCGUGGGGGUCAGGGCCGGGCGCGGC